AUAAUUUUUUAAUUUUACAUUUUUAGUCUAUUUAUAUAAAUAAUCAUGGCUUGUAACGAAAAUAUAAUAAAGAAUAUCGCGAAUGAGGUUACUAGGAACUGUCAGGCUAACGCUGUGUUCGUGGAGGAAGAUUUUGUAACAUAUCUUAUAGAAUUGUUACUCCUGAACCCAAAGUACGGUAAACUCUUCGCUAAAACUAUCAAGAGAGACAAUUUGGAGUAUUUUGUUAACGAAUGCGUCGCCAUGUUGACGAAAGCCGACACAGCCAUCCUAACUCUAAAAAUGCAAUACAAUAUGAUUACAAACUACGAUAAACUCCAAACUCUCAUAGACACGCAUCUGGAGUCCAUAGACAAGUGUCUAAGACCGCUCGUACAAGAGAUAAUGGAAGAAGAUCCGGCUCUUGAUGCACCAGAGGAAGCAGAUUAUAAAAAGUUGUUCAGAAAGAUAUCUAUCUAUAUUAUAUUAGCUAGUGGUCUCGGAAAUCCUAGCGGUAUUGUUACUUUAAAAGAAGGUUUAGCGGCUUUAGAGAGCGUAUUCUCUGUGGAGGAUUUAAAAGUAUUCGUCGCACUCCCCGGCUUUGAGAAGAUGAACAAUUUGAAUGAACUGGUUCAUAUCGUAUCUGGAGUAAGGUUGUUUAAUAGAGACUGCAAGAAAGGUGGCGAUGGUAUACCUGAUUUGCCCUUCAACCUGUUAGAGGCGGGCAACGCGUGUGUGUCCUCCCUAUCCAAUUCUUUAAUCACGAUAAUGCAGAAAGUGAACAUUCUAACUACCGCCAUACAAGACAGCGUCGAUAUACAGGAAGAGACGGGAAACGUAUACAUUGUCGCCACGCCAGAGUUCACUGUUGAGGACUACAACCAGGUAUAUUCUCUGCUUGCUUUUUAUCGUCAAUACGAAGUGUACACUCGCAAGUUACUUGCCGACGUGCAAGUGCUCGUGCAAAGUGCCACGCAGUGUGUGGAACGCACGCGCAAAGUGCUCGCGGAUUUGCACUCGUGUGUGAAAUAUAAAGCCGCCGUGCCAGUUGAUUCUGUUUAUCCAUUAUUCAAGAAACUAUGGCAAGUGUGGAGAGAUAUGCAGAAUAUUAUGUACUUAGUAUCGACAGUUAACCGUUUGAACACCGCUCUCAGUUCUAUACAUGAUCUUAUCAAGAUACCCAAUUUGUUGGAAAGAAUGUUGGUCGGUAAAAAAGUGUUAACUGACCAAGAACGUAUGACUAACUUGAAGGUAGAAGAGAAACUGUCGCUUGGAUAUUUGAAGACUUAUGUCAAUUGUAGCGCGUACAAUGUUAAAGAAAAAGAUGUACAAUUUCUAGGUUUUUGCGCCAUCUCUCUGACAGUGGGUGCGCUGAUGCCGAGCAACGUGAAACUCGGUCACAUCAGAUUUCAAGGAAAGCGCUAUGGAUUGUGUAGCUAUAAAAUGGCGAAACAUUUUGGUAACACACCAGAGAGGUAUAUAAAUGAAGUUCUAGAUUACGCGAGGAAUAAUCCACAUCUAAUUAAUUUGCUAAAUAUCGCAGAGGAUGUGGAGAGAGUUAAAGACGUCAGUGUUCUUGUCACCAAACCAGUGCCAAAGAUUAAGGUGUCGGACAAGGACAUACAGACAGACACACAUCCUAUGGACAGCUAUAUCGAGAAGAACUAUACUUCCGAUCUCUGGGAAUGGAAACGAAGAGCUUGUCAAUGGGCAAAUAUAGUGAAUUGUAGGACCCACUCCACACAGACUAUCUACAGUCAUCUGCGAUCUGAGAUACAAUGUCAGACUGUGGACAUGCGGGACAAGGAGUUGCAGACGAAGAAAGAAAGCGGAAUUAAUACUAUCACUAAGAACAUAUUCCUGUGGGGUUUGAGAGGACGUUUGGGAAACGGACAACAUGUUAUGCCUUUAGAAGAAAUGUUUCAUUCGGAAAAGAAGAAAGCGGCACCUCUUGAAAUCUGUGAAGACAAAUUACAGGCCGACACAAACACGAGUAACGCAAAAACAACAGCAUUUAAAGUACCAGCUUUGAUGUUCGAAUAAUUAUCGAUAACAAAGAGGGCAAAUACGUCAAUAUACUUUAGUUUAGUUUUAAUUUAGUUUAUAAUGGAUAAUAAAAUUACCGGUUAUUACGUAGAUUUUAAGUAAAUAGCUCGAGACAACCCUAUAAUUAGAACACACUAUUGCUGUCUCUGUCUUUUUUAAAGAGAAUGAAGGCAAUACGAAAUGCUUUUAAAAUAAAGUAUAUUUUAGUUAUCUCCCAAGGAUCAUAAACUCCCGCAAUUAAAAUGAAAUUUCGAUCUUUGGGAAGUUUGUUUUUUGGAGUUUGUAUUAGACUAAAAUGGUAACUGAGAAAUUCUAACAAUUUUACUUUUCACGCAGUUAUUAAAAAGACAUUUCUGUUUUCAAUUUAAACACUGAAACUGAUAUCUCUCAUUUCUGAUGAAUACGAUGAGACGUAAUAUUAGAAUUUUCGACCCUUGUAAUGACGAAACAUGCUUUUGAAUAUAUUGACAAAACUUUUCUAUGAAUUUUAAAGUUAA